UGUUUCUUCUCCCUCACUUCAUUUUCUCUUCCGAUUUGAAUGGAAACGAUGCUAGACGGUGCAAUCCGGCGAGCGGUUAUAAUCGGAAACGGCUUCGCCGGAGCUGAAAAUCAGAGCAUUGGUUUGAUCCGUGCUCUCGGCCUCUCCAACCACCACUCGUUAUACCGCGUGACGAGGCCCCGUGGAGGAAUCAAUCGAUGGCUUCAGUGGCUACCGGUUUCUAUCCACAGAAAAUUGGACUCCGUUCUCAGAAGAUUGUGUGGUAAACCGAAUCAUGUUUCUCCGUUUCACUCUCACAACAUUGGUAUAUCUAAUGUCUUGGAAGCUGAUGCUCACCACAUUGCAACAAUGGCUCGUGAAACGUUUCACAACAGGGAUGGCCCCUUGUUGGUGGUUGCGUCUGGACGAGACACCAUUUCUGUUGCCAGCUCCAUUAAACGGUUAGCUUCAGACAAUGUUUUUCUUGUUCAGAUACAACAUCCAAGAUUGUACCUGAAUAGGUUUGAUCUUGUAAUUACUCCCCGCCAUGAUUAUUAUCCCCAGACUCCUGAAGCUCAGCGGCAGAUACCUUGGUUUCUUCGGAGGUGGGUCACUCCAUGGGAACCUCCUGGCCGCAAUGUGGUCCUCACUGUUGGAGCACUUCAUCAAGCUGAUUCUGCUGCUCUAAGGGUUGCCGCUUCUGCUUGGCAUGAUAAGUUAGCAGCUUUGCCAAAGCCCUUGCUUGUGGUUAAUGUUGGAGGACCUACAGGCAAUUGUCCCUACGAUUUGGAUCUUGUAAAUAAGUUAGUGGUUAUGCUUCAGAAUGUUCUUUGGAGCUGUGGGACAAUCAGAAUAUCCUGCUCUAGAAGAACUCCUGGGAAGAUCUCCAAAAUUUUGGUCAAAGAAUUUGCAACAAAUCCUAAGGUCCAAAUAUGGGAUGGUGAAGGUCCAAAUCCACAUAUGGGACAUCUGGCAUGGGCUGAUGCUUUUGUUAUCACAGCUGAUUCAGUUAGUAUGAUGAGUGAGGCCUGUAGUACCGGGAAGCCUGUGUAUGUAAUUGGAGCAGAACUGUGUACAUGGAAAUUUGCUGACUUCCAAAAUUCUUUGCAGAAGCUAGGAGUUGCUCGACCAUUCACUGGAAUGGAGAAUAUAACUGAAAGCUGGAGCUAUCCUCCUCUGAAUGACACUGCUGAAGCUGCUAAUCAAGUAAUUGCUGCACUUGCUCAGCGAGGAUGGACUAUUCCAGCAUAAUGGUUUCUUAAGCCUCCCACCAUUCCUUUGUAACUCUUGGAAUUCAUUAAUGAUGUGUGUGAUUGAAGAGGAAACACUGUCCAAUAGCGGCUGGAGUUGUGCUCAGAUUCAGCGUGCUUGCUAGCUGGGGCAGUUUCCUUCUCUUGAAGAAGUCACUAGAAAUACUUCUACUUUAUAUAGGUGAAGCUGUGAAGCAGAAGUGGGCAAUGGCGGUCUCACCAAUUUUGGCUUAUAAAAAUCUGUUUUUCCCCCCCACAAUGUAGUUGUUGUAGGAUUUAGUUAGGCUAAAUCACACAUCCCAAAUCAUAUAUUUUUUAAUCUGCCAAGGAACUGUGUCAUAAUGAAAGUGAAUUGUACUAAUAAGAUAAGUUUUCCCUGAAAUGUGUUAUUCCGGUCUCUCCUUGAGUCAUUGUUUGUAUAUAUGUUAACGAUAGUCAAAUUGCUUGUGCAAUGUACCCAAUGGCCAAAAGUAAGAAUAUUGGGCUGAACAAGUUAUCUGUUGAGUCUGAUGCACGGUACAUAGGGAAGCAUGGAUUAGGUAAAAGAUGAUAUUUAUUGACUAAUUAAUUAAUUUGCCCAUUUUAUGUUUCUUUCUA